AUGUCAGGCCCUCAAAGUCAACCCCGACCAACGACACUGAACUUCAUCACUCGCAACGCCAACAAGUUGUCCGAGGUGCGCGCCAUUCUAGAGGUUGUACCAGGCUUGCACUUGCAGAGCCACGACGUUCCAGAGUUGAACGAAAUCCAGGGCACGAUUGAGGAGGUCGCGAGAGAUAAGUGCUCAAAGGCUGCUGCAGUGGUAAAUGGCCCAGUGCUGACGGAGGAUACGGCUCUUGAGUUCCAGGCUUUGAAAGGACUCCCAGGGCCAUAUAUAAAAUACUUCCUCCAAGCUCUCGGUCACGAGGGACUGAACAAUAUGCUAGCCGCAUAUGAAGACAAGACUGCCUUUGCAGUAUGCACAUUCGCGUACUGUGCCGGACCAGAACACGAGCCCAUCCUCUUCCAGGGCCGGACGCAGGGCAAGAUUGUGCCUGCAAGAGGACCCGGCAUCUUUGGCUGGGAUGCAGUGUUUGAAUAUGAGGGCGAGACGUAUGCCGAGAUGGACAAGACAGCAAAGAAUCAAAUAUCUCAUCGAGGCAAAGCCCUGACCAACCUGAAAGCCUGGCUUGCAGGCGGUGAGCAGGAGGCUUGA